ACGGUACGCUACGGUCGCUCGCUCACCGACUAACUGUAAACCGCAAAAGAAAGCGAACACACACAAAAAAAAAGAGUGCGAGCGCGUGUCAAGAGAGUGAGUCAGUGUUCUUUGUGUGAGUGAGUGUGUUCUUUCAGUAGGUGCUCUCACAGCUUCUCGCAGUCGCAGUUGUAAGUCGCAGCAGCGACAGUGACAGCGUCGUCAACGUCGACGCUCAACUUGAUUUCUUCCAAUCUUUGCUGGGAAAUCGGAAUCGCAACAAUUGGAAUAGCAGUCGAAUUUGCGAGUGUGUUUCGAUAAGGCAACACGACCCUCUCCACUCCACUCCACCCCUCAGCUCACCCCGUACUUCCAAUUGAGGCGCGGUGUCAAGUGCAGACCAUUGCUCUCGCACUCGCUGCUCUCCACUCUGCUCUGCUGUCGCUGCUGUCAGCAGCCAGAUUCACUCUCAGCCAGAGCUACAGCCUCAGCUGGCGCCGGCGUCAGCGUGCGCGUUCCAUGACUUCCAACUCUGCGCCCAGCGCCCAGCCGUGAUUAACUUUUACUGGUUUAGUCCGCUCGAUGACGCCGAACACAACAGUAGUAAUGCUCAGCAGCUGCUUGCAUGGCGCGUGUGCCGUCUAAAACAACAACAACAACAGCAACAACUACAACAAUCACAAAAACAACAACGAGAAAACAAAAACCAAAAGAAAUCUGUUCCGCAGCCAUUUACCGUUGUUAGUCGCGCGUGGUGCGUGUUGCAAAUCAGAUUCCGAUAUCGUUACCAUUACCAUUAUUCCAAUUCCGAUAACGCUUUCGAUGCCGUCGCGUAUACGCCGAGUGCACAACUAAAACGCUACAAAUAAAAUCCAAAAUUUAUAUCAAAUAAACAAAUUAACAAACUCAUGAACGUUGGCAAAAUGCAAGCGCCUGGGCAGCAUCAGCAGCAUUUGCUGCAUCCGGCCGCCUCCGCUGCCCCGCCCACGCAACAACAUCACCUGCCCAUCGAUUACAGUUUGGGCAACUUUAAGCCAGCGAUUGCUGCUGAUUUUCCCGGCGGCCCCUUUGUCGGCGCCAGUCCACAGCAACCGCAUUCCUCAUCCUCAUCGCCAGCCACCUCAACGUCAUCGUCAUCCCUGCAGGUGCGCGAUCUCAGCACCUUGACCACCAUGGCGGCGAUACCUUCGCCCACCCAGCUGCUGCAUCAACGCAUGCAGCCUGCCCAGAUCACAGUGGAUGCACAUCAUCAUCAACAGCAUCAACAACAGCAGCAGCAGCAACAAAUGCCGCCGGCGGCAACUUCUCCACACGAUUAUGCGCCCAUGUCCGCCUUCAAGGCUGUGCUGCCAAAGAAACGAAGUGCCGACGAUGCUGCGUUGCCCUUUAGCAUAAGCAGACUGGUCAAGACUGAACACCUGACGGCAAUUGCAGCCGCCGCUGGCUUAAAGCCACCAUCUCUUGCCGCGCAUGGCGUCGCUCUGCCGGAGGACAACAACAACUCCAUCUCGAUGCUGAGCAAGAAUCAUCUGCAUCCACAGCAACAUCAACAACUUCAGCAACAGUCUUCGCAGCGGGCCAAGCUGGAACCCUACCUGAGUGCCAGCGAGCAGCUGCGUCAAUCGCGCUCCCGAUCGCGUUCACGUUCCCGCAGCGCCUCGCACUGUUCCUCGCAGAUCGAUAUGGAUGAUGCGGACAGCAGCCACGAGCGUUACUCCCGCCACUCGCGACGUUCGCUGCACUCGCGGUCCCGCUCUCGGUCUCGCUCCAGAUCGCGUUCGCAUUCGAGCAGCUCGUCCGUGGAGCUGGAGGUGGAUUCACCACCUGGGAGUCCUAGCAUCAGUUCGCCCAGUGCCGCCUCGCUUUCUGCCUCCGAGCUGCUGAUCACGGCCAACAGCAGCAACAGCAGCACCAAGAAGUCCGAUCUCUUCUCAGUCUCUGCUUUGCUGCGACGCGAUGAGCCGACGACGCGACGAGCUCGCAGUCCGCCUUUAUCCGGUUUGGCUGGUGCCACGAGCUCAGCGUUGGCCCUGCCCACCAAUCCGCUGGAGGCGAUGCGACAAAGCUACCCGCCCAACUACGAUGCCAGCAUGUUCCAGCGUCCCAUCUUCUCGCCAGCUCUGCCCUUCUUCGCCGCCUUUGCCUUCCACCAGGGACAGCAGCAGCAACAGCAACAACAGCAGUCCGGACUCGGCGCAAGCUACCAUCCGGACUCGCAGGAAAAUCUCUUCCGGCUGCGCAACCUGAUGGUGCCACUCCAGUCUGCUGGCCAGAAUGGCACCACGGCAGCAGCAGCAGCGGCCGCCGCCGCAGCAGCCGCCGCCGUCGGUGUGGGCGUUGGGGUAGGCGUUGGAGUGGGCGUGCCGCCUGGUGGCGGACAUUUGGGUUUGCCUCAUCCCCCGCAUCUGCAUUUCCAUCACAUGGCGGCCAAGUGGCCGGGCCUGCAUCAAUUCAGCGACCUGUACUCGUGCAUGAAGUGCGAGAAGAUGUUCUCAACGCCGCACGGACUCGAGGUGCACUCGCGUCGCACCCACCACGGGAAGAAGCCCUACGCCUGCGAGCUGUGCAACAAGACCUUUGGCCAUGAGGUCAGCCUCAGUCAGCACAGAGCCGUGCACAACGUGGAAAAGGUCUUCGAGUGCAAACAGUGCGGCAAACGCUUUAAGCGCUCCAGCACACUCUCCACCCAUCUGCUCAUCCACAGCGACACGAGGCCUUAUCCCUGCAGCUACUGCGGCAAGCGAUUCCAUCAAAAGAGUGAUAUGAAGAAACACACCUACAUUCACACCGGCGAGAAACCACACAAGUGCCAGGUGUGCGGCAAGGCCUUUAGCCAGAGCUCCAACCUGAUCACACACUCCCGCAAGCACACCGGCUACAAGCCCUUCUCCUGCAAGCUCUGCCACAAGUCCUUCCAGCGCAAGGUGGACCUGCGUCGCCACAAGGAGACCCAGCACACGGAUCUCCGUGUCCACCUCGGCAAGGUGGACUUCAUGUCUGCCGCCGCCGCCGCAGCAGCUGCUGCCGAGCUGAGUGGAGCACCGGGUGGCAUGGUGCAAGGUCUGUCCGCUGGCAAUGCGGCAACAGCAGCGCAGUCGACGGCAGCCCAAGCGCAGCAGGCUGCGACGCAAGUGAAUCCUCUGCAGAAAGUAUCACUGCUGGCAUAACAUGCCUCCUCCACUUCCCUCUCCUCCACAGUCGCCUCCUCUCGGACUCCAUGUGCAAUAGCAGUCGGGUCGGAUCAUCGCACUGCAUUUCCAUUUGCCGCCUCACGUUGAAGCUGAAACUGAAGCUGAAGCUGAAACUGCAAUUGAAAUUGAAAUUAAAGUUAAUGCAAUUUGAAUAGAUUAAGCCGAACAUUUCCAUUGUUGCCAAAAAAAAAUAGUAUAAAAAAGAAAACUCAGCAAAAAAUACAAAAAAUCUUCAAAAGAAAAAUAUACUACACAUCAUAGGAAAUACCAAAGACAAAUAUUAACCAAAAAAAUAA